CACAUUGGUGUGUGUGUGUGAUGGUGAUUUUACUGGUACAGGCUACAUUGUGUGAGUUCACGCGCACUUUGUUAUUGUUACAGGAAACACUGUAGUGAAUUGGCCAAAUUAGCGCAUCCUUUGUCUGACAUCAUGAUCUGUGUACGUCACAGCUGCUGCUGCUGCUGCUGCUGCACACACCCAGACCACUGACACAACAACAUCACUGUGUGUGUGUGUGUGUGUGUGUGUGUGUGUGUUCAGUGGGAUGCUGUGGAUGGAUGAAUCCUCGGAGCGGAGUCACCACCAUUACAUCAUCUUUAUUCCCACUCAGCCUCAACAGGAGAGCACCACUUGUUUUUACAGGGAUCAAAGAGCAGCAGCAGCAGCAGCAGCAGAAGUGUCUGCUCUUCAUACAUGAUGAAGACACAUGAGCAGCAGCAGUAGCAGCAGCAGCAGCAGCAGCUUCAGUAGCAGCAGCAGAGUCAAUGAGGAGGGGCAGAGGAGAGGAGACGUGCACCGUCAUCAGCAUCUGUCCCUUUGUGCUCACCGGAGAAUGUGAAUGGCGAGAGAUGACAUGGCAGAGGUAGACCUGGCAUCACACGGAGCAGCGGCGGAACCCCCGGGCGGCGGCGGCGGCGGCAGCAGCGGCGGAGGGGGCGAGGCCUGCACCUCUGCGUUCCCCUACGAGGAGUACGAAUGCAAAAUCUGCUACAAUUAUUUCGACCUUGACCGCCGGGCCCCCAAGAUCCUCGAGUGCCUGCACACGUUCUGCGAGGAGUGUCUGAACACGCUGCACCUCCGGGAGGAGCGGCCAUGGCGCAUCAGCUGCCCCGUCUGCCGCCACCGGACUCCGGUGCCGGACUAUCGGGUGCAGAACCUGCCCAACAACACCAAGGUGACGGAGGAUUUCCCGCUCUACAUCGACUCGGACCCGCUGCCCCAGGACGCUCUGCCGCCCUACCCUCCGCCGCUGCACCCGGCCCUCAUCGCCCUGCGCCGGGAGGAGGCGUCGGGGACGUCCAGCGCGAGCCAGGCGACGCAGUCCACCACCGUGUCCACGGCCACGACACUCUCCCAGGACUCGGUGCGCUACGACAGCUGCCAGAGCUGCAAGCGCGUGGCUCUGACCACCGGCUGCGUGUGCGUGAUCUUCUCCUUCCUGUCCAUGCUGGUGCUGCUCUUCAUGGGCCUGAUCUUUGUGCACAGUCACAGCAUUCCUCCAUCACCGGCGGGACCCAUCUGCCUGUCGGUGGCCAGCAUCCUGGCCAUGUUCUCGGUGGUGGUCACGUGGCUCAUCUGCUGGCUCAAAUACAGACCAGACCAUGAGACGGGUCGCUCCACCGCCACCACUAACUCCAGGAGAAACGCCUGACAGACAGACAGACAGGCAGGCAGGCAGACAGGCAGGCAGACAGACAGGCAGGCUGUGAUGGACCUGUUGUUGUUGCUGUGGGUGUGUGAUCACGUGAUCAUGUGAUCAUGUACAUAUACUGACAGCUGAUUCUCCUGCUCCCUUUACUUUUCUAUAGGAAGAAAUGUUCACCCCGAAAAUGGCCUUUAAUCAGUAAAGCAAACCCACGAAGGCCUUCAUGUUGUGACCCUUAAAUCCUCGUUAAAGGUCCAGUGUGUAACAUGUCAGAACUGCGUUUAAUCUGCACAAUGUGAAAAUGGUGUCAAACUUAAAAUAGUCUGAUUUUCGUAGAAUCAGAAAAAGCCUUUUUUAUGAGCGUCAGGCAGGGGUCGUCCUUAUGCCGCCAUGUUUCUACAGAAGCCCAAAUGGACAAACCAGGCAGACGCUUACUACGCAUUACUAAUACUCGCUAGGAGCGGGAAUCUUUAUUUACCUCGUGAUUUAAAUCCACUACGAGUUUAAAAUGGCAUCUUAAUAUGAAAUGGAACCACAAAUUUCACUGGAAAUCUAAAUCCUUUGCGAUGAAAAUAACAACAUAGUUUGUGAUGAGCUUCAUGUUUUCUCACUUCUGUGGAAGAUUCGUCAUUUGUUCAUCCUCCAGCUCCAGGUGCUAACGUGACAUGUUGCUGCUCAUGUUUCUUCGUUAGUUUCACACAGUGAAGGCUUUUGUGCAGCUCACUCAUUCACUCUAUAUUCACUCUGUACUCUGUAGAAGACAAACAACAUUUUACACUUUAGUGAUAGCUCUCGCUCAGCUAUCUUUGCUAAAGCUAACGAGGCGGCACAUGCAUGAACACCAUGUGAUCAGAUCCAGUUUAUUGACACAAAAGUUGGGCUCGACCAAACACAGUGUUAAAACGGUGCAUUAUGGCUGUAUCAUUAUUAUUAUCAUUAUUAUUAUCAUUGUUAUUAUUAUUAUUAUUAAUAAUAUUAAUAUGGACUCAUAAUCGUUUAAGAGAGAAUCUCGAUGUGUGGAAAAUAGACUCUCACUGCCAAUACUUGCUAUCUUACAUGACUACAAUCUUCGGCUUUUCAAAUCAAAGUAAAUAAUACAGUACUCGGGAUGCAUGAUAUUAUCAGCACAAUAUCGUUAUCGGCCGAUAUUGGCCUGAAAAACCUGAAUAUCUGUAUCGUCUGUUAGCCCAAACCCUCCUGAUAUAUCGAAUAUCGGCAAAAAGUCCAAUAUUGUGCAUCCUUAGUGUCCUUAAAUAUCCUGGUAUCAGCCUCAAUGCUCUUGUUGCUGACAACACUAAACCUCCGUGUGUUGCAGUUCUCAGUCUCACCACUAGACGUCACUGAUUCUUACACACUGGACCUUGAAAAGGAUAGUUUGGUUAUUAUUAUUUCUUUAGGAGGGAAGUAUAAGGUACUCAUGCAGAGUCGUACGCUGGGUUUCCAUGAGCGUGUUUUAAUGCAAACUUUUGAUUUGAUUGAUUUGUUUUUGGAUAAAAAAAAAAACAGGAAACUCUUCUUGAAAUAUCUGAAAGUUUUUGCUGUAGGAGGUGGAAAAGUUAGUAUAGAUAAAAGUUUAAUAAUAAUUAAAUAAUUAAUAAGUGCAAUGAAAACGUCACUUUAGAUUUUGCAUUUCACUGCAAUGGAAAAAUCUUGGAAAUGGAGGAGAAAGAAAAUGAAUGUGUGGACUGAUGAGAAAACCACGACAUUCUUCCUCUACAAUGAUACAUGGAAUCAAGAUAGUUCUUUAUUAUUGUCCUUUAGUGUCAAGGUAUCAACAGCUACUGCCUCUCUUCAUUCACAGUACAUGUCAUCCGGUUGAGCUCCUGCUGCUUAUUUCAGUGAUUUAUGAGAGGUCACUUUUAACACUUUUAAGGGAAGCCGUGAGUGUUAUAUACAGUUUGCAGAAGGACACAAGAAUCAUUCAACAUGAUUUGGUUUGGUUUGGUUUGUUAGGUUUUCCUUGAAAGUAUCUGCCACAUGAUAACACAGUGUUAGAAUAUCUUAUGAGUUUAUUGUGUCAGGAAAGAGCAUGGUAAACUAUAGAGCGGGGCAGUUUAUUACCCUGUGAUGAUGUUUCCUGCUUUUAAAGGCUGUUGCAUUGAUAAUCAUCAUAUUUAUUAGUUAUUAUUGAAUAAAUGUGUGAAACACACCAAAUAUUAUACAUUAAAUAUUAUAUAUUCACAUAUUGAUGAAAAGACAUAAUUUUAACUAAUUAUUUGUGUUAUAGCAGAAUUUGACCAUAUUUAUAGUCAAUUUCAUUGUUUCUAACACACGUAAAUAUCCUUCAUUUAACAUUUAAUGCCAAAGAAAUAAAGCAGAUAUUAUCUGAAUUGAAAGGUAAUAAUAAGUGUAGUUUAAGAUCAUGUAAUACAGAUCAUAAACAAAGAAAACUUCUCAUGAGAAACAACAAGAUAUAAACUUAAAUAGAUAUUAUUUAAUAUUACAGAAAUGUCCGUUUUGUUAAUGUCAAACGAUGUAAAGCAGUAUAUGAUGAUAAGAUGUUUCCCUGUAUCACCCAGCCCUGUGGUGCACCUCUAAAUAUCCAACAAUCAGAAUGUUAGUGAUUUGAAUCCUUGUACAUGAACCCGUUCACAUCAGAACCAUUUUUGUUCCACUUGUUUUGUCUCCCGCUGAACGCUGACUCAGCACGAGUACCUCAUACACCGCCUACUUUAAAAAACCCUCAACUGUCUGCACUUGAUUUUGCAGAGCGUAGGCCCAGGCGUUGGUCGUAAGAUGUGUCUGUUUUAAUGACUGACUGUGAAGUGCUGAUCCCCUCAAUGAUAUGCAUAUACUGUACUAUGCCAGUCACUGUAUGAUAACUCUCCACUUAUAUCUCAGCAAAACACUUUGGUAUUUGUACAGAUUCACUUCUUUUCAGUGAGUUUUCAGGCGAUGCUCCUAGUUUUCUUUCCUCAAGUGUUGCAGAGAAGAAUCCAUACUCCAAAGUGUAAAUGGUGGUGGUGAUGGUGAGAGGAACUGCAUAUUCCUAAUCCUUCCUAAUCCUUCCUCAUCCUUGCGCUUUUACCUUCAGAAUGGCACCGUUGUUGUGACAAUGAAAACUGCAUCUCUUCCAGGCAAAAGGACACAAAUGGAUGAAAAAGCUUGUGAUUUUGAACUCUGUGUUGUUCAGCGCAUGUUCUACCACUGAAGGACAGUGUUUGUGUUAGUGGAAGAGACUCCUGUGUGUCUCCUGACUCCUGUGUGUCUCCUGACUCCUGUGUGUCUCCUGUGCCUCAACAAUGAAGCAAACAUGAGCAAAAAAAAGUCAUGAGCGGGCCUCCCACCACGAGGUGUCGGCAGGGAUUUCCUCCUCUUGGCCCAUUAAUCUAAGAGGGUUUCCAAUGCAGAGCACCUUGUUCUUCUUAAUCAAAAUGUUCCUUUUCUUUGUCUUUCUUUAAUAUUUCAAAGGCAAAAAUCUGCUUUAAAACCACUUCCAGGUUCAAAUCUGGUCUCACAAGUGAGAAUUCAUGUGUUCUAAUGUAGGACUGAACCAUUCGAUUGUCUUCUAGUAGAAAUCCCACAUUUGAAACAGCGGGUAGCUGCAAUUUAAAUGUUAUGGAUUUGAUGUUUCACUAUUGCUUAGUGUCUUUUGUAAGUGCUCCAUCACAUUUUCAAUUUAUUACAGAAACAUCACACUUAGCUGUUUUCUCCUAAUGGUUCAGUCUGUUUAUGAUACGUUUGGGAACUUAAAGAGUGUUGACAGAGAUGAAACUUUACUUUUCUGUGUCGACCACAGUCAAAACCUUAAUUAGCACAAAGCAAAUACUAAGUUAAACUAAUCCAGAACUUAAUAUAAAUUGUUUUACAUGUUGAUCCAAACAACAACAAAAAGUAUUAACCUCAGAUUACAUAAUGCAAUCCACAAAGGGCCUACAGUGAGUUCUUGUCGUUAUUGUAGGGUGUUGGUAAAACAUGUAUGUAAUCCUUAGCAUUAUUCUUACGUGUGAGACUUUUGUCAUGGUCACUCAUUGCUGACUGAUAUGUUUAGGUCCGUGGAGCGUGCCGAGUGUUUGGAGCGUGUAAAGUCACUCACUCGUGAGUUGUCUUCCUGCUCUCAGACCUUCCUGAUGACUUUAGUGCAGAAUGAUCUGGACACCAACGUGGUUCCAGACGAGCGCUCUGCUCAAUCUUCUCCUCCCCAACUCUGUGAUGAUGCACUUUCCUCCCCCUUUAUUUGUCACAAAUAACUGGGGGGUAAACCUUUGACAAACGUAAGCUUAUAUUGUAUUUAUUUCCGAGGACCUAGAACAUGUCGUGGGUUUUUAUGAGAUUUUGUGGUUUGUGGUUGUCGAAGUACCAAAUGUAUUUGCACAGGGAAACUGUCCCUUUAUGUGCUGUUUUACAAACAUGAAUUACAUUUCCGUAAUAAAGAAAAACACGAGGA